AAGCCCUGGCGGAAAGAAUCAUGCUGCUGCUGCGUCUGCACAUCUGCGCGGGCCUUCUGCUCUGCUUGCCUCGGUGCGCACAUCUGUCGUGCACGGUCGGGACGCCCAAACAGUGCCAGGAAGCUGAGUUCGCUCCAGGUUCCAAUCUAGCGGGCGAAGGCUUUGAUGUCACCAAGAUGGAGCGCAAAGGAGCCUUCGUGCUCAACAUGGACACGUGGAGACGCAGGAAUAAAAAAUGCACGCUUUGCAUCAACCCCUACAUGGAGAGCAAAAUGCAGAAGCUGCCCCUGUCUGUGCAGGACUGGAGGGCCAAGCAGGUCUGCAACUCCAAGGUGUCCUCCAGCCUGCACAAAUCCAGCGAGUCUUUGGUCCAGUCCACGUCUUCCUCUGUUGAGAACAACUGGAAAGUGAGCUUAGACUUUCAAACGGUGAAAACAGGCGCCUCGCUCAUGUUGGCCGGAACCCACUCCAAAGUGGCUGAUUACUCCAUGGAGAAAACCAAGAACGACAAGUUCAGCUUCGCCACCAUCGGCAUGUCCUGCGAGUACUACAGCUACCGAGUGUCCGACUCACCCAAACUGCACAAGGAAUUCAGAGGAGCCGUGAAGAAGCUUCCCCCUGUCUACAGCCCAGAGAGCAAGGAGCAGUUUUACAGCCUCAUCGACACCUACGGCACCCAUUACAUCAGCAAGGUGAAGUUAGGGGGAACCGUUCAGUCUGUCACCAGCAUCCGUCAGUGUCAGGCCAGCAUCAACGGGCUCACCUCAGAGGAGGUGCAGAUGUGCCUGGAGGUCGAGGCGUCUGCAAGCUUCAGGGUCACCGCCAAAACUGAAUCCAAGCACUGCAAGAGGGACGUUCAGAAGUCAGACAGCAAAUCAGCGUUCUCCAGCCUCUUCAACGACAGGUUCACAGAAACCAAAGGGGGCCACACCACAGAGCCGGACCUUCUCUUCUCUGCUAACAAAGACCCGGCGGCCUACAAGGAAUGGCUCAACACGGUUCCCCAGAAUCCCGACAUAAUCUCGUAUUCCCUGGGCUCUCUGCAUGAACUGCUGCCGGCUAACACAACAACGUGGCUAAACCUGCGCUCAGCCAUCACCCACUACAUCCUGGAAAAAGGCCUGCUGAUAAACUGCUCCGAGCGUUGCAGAAAAGACUCGAGGGAUCGCUGCGUCUGCCAGUGCCAGAACGACGUGGCGGUGAACGGCGACUGCUGCCCGACCCGUAAGGGCAUGGCCCGGGUGAUUGUGACGGUGCAGAGGGCCACAGGUCUGUGGGGAGACUACUUCACAUCCACAGACGGCUUUGUGAAAGUCAUUUACAACGGCAAGGAGCGCCGUACCCCGGUCAUCCACAACAACAACAACCCACAGUGGAACCAGGUGUUUGAUCUGGGUUCGGUGGAUCUGUAUGCAGCGAACAAAGUGAGAUUUGAAGUGUGGGACCAGGACAACGGCUGGGAUGACGACCUGCUGGGGGCGUGCGAUCAGGUUCUGAAGAACGGCACCAGGCAGGAUGUCUGCAAUCUGAAUCACGGCCGGCUGUACUUCAAAUUGGAAGUGAAAUGUGCUCCGAGUCUGGGCGGUGAUUCAUGCACGGAGUACAAACCGACGCCCAUGAACCAAAGUCUGAAGAAGCUUUACGUGUCCCGGCACGCCCAUCCCAUUCCAAAGCCCAUGCUGCUCCAGAUGGGGGUGUUUGUCAACCAAUCGGUGUCUGAUUAUUCGACCUACUGGAGAAAGCAGGCUUUUACUGCUAAGAGGCAAACACAUGAGCUCUUAUAAAAGCGCUAUUAUACUUAUCAGCAGCUGUCUACUGUAAAAAAAAAAAAAAAA